CGUCAUUAAAAUUUUGAGCACUUUCCCUUCGAGUUCACGUUCAGUACUUCAGCUUCAGUACUCAGUGUUAACAUGUCCGACUUUUUCAAAAAUCCGCUUUCAAGUUCAUCUACGGAUAGUGCGGCUCGCAAACAAGCAAUCAUGGAUCAAGUACGGAACGAAUUAGCACAAGCCAACGCACAACAACUCAUGAAUAACAUGAAUGAACGAUGCUUCAAAGCCUGCGUCACCAAGCCUGGAGAUUCAUUGUCAAGUUCAGAACAAACAUGUUUGACCCGAUGCCUUGACCGCUUCAUGGACACUUUCAACAUUGUCAGUAAGACCUACAUUUCCCGGAUAGCCAAAGAACGCUCAGAAUCAGAAUCAACACCCUUCAAUUGAGCUUUUGUCCCAUCCUAUGUAGAUUGCCCUAAAUAUCGUAUCCUUCUCACAUCACAAAAGUUUUUUUUAACUUUUCAGAAAUCAUCGUUCAGGUCUCAGAUCUCAGGCCCCAUAAUGAAGCGAGUAUAUGUCUGCACCUGUUGAAUACUGCGAAGAACCGACGAAUACUACCCAAGACUCACGUAUAUAUGAAGACCAAGAUUGUCUACAU